CUGUAUUUACUGCGUUUUAAUUGGUUCGCAGUGAUUGUUCCUCUCAGUUCGCUGCAUAAAUUCCGAGGAAAUUAUACAAUCGAAAAAUGCGUGGGUGUAAAGUUCUGUUGCGUUUACUUUCAUAACUCUGAAGUAUUUUAAUCGAGAGAGCUGCGUUUGUUGUUGUUGUUUCACUUCAGGGGGGCUGUGGAUUGUUGCUGAGAAAUGGUCUGUGAUAAGAUAUUGCCAAAAAUGAAAUUAGCUUUACUGAAGCUGCACAGUUGCCCUAGAUACUAUCGAAAACAUUGUAAAUUAAGCAAAUUCAUGUUCUACUCAAUAGCUUUGAUAAUUGCAAUACUCUGCUGCCUGCUAAUUAUAGCAUUCAUCAUAGUGCCGGUGGCUUUCAAAUAUUCAGUCACAUUUCAGAGGAUGCUCAUGUUUACAAACAUGGGCUUAUCAGACAAUCCGCUUGACUAUGAAUCACCCUUCCAAGGGAUUCGCAACAUAUACCACACAAUUGAUCAUCCAGACGAGAGCGUCACCUUGGGCAUUUGGCAUGUGUUGCCUACAGAGCUGGAGAACGAACUGGACUUUGACAAAGCCUUAGCCACAAGCAAUUACAGCACAAUCAUUCAUUUCCAUGGCAGCGGUGAAACAAGGACUGACUCCAAAGGUACUUUUGCUGUGCUCAAGGACUACUUUCAUGUUAUUGCUGUUGAAUACAGAGGGUUUGGUGAUUCCAGUAAAGUGUUGCUCUCUGAAGAAGGCAUCUCCAAAGAUUUCGUGGAAAUUUACAAAUGGAUUCGCGCCAAAACGAACAAUCACAUUUACAUUUGGGGCCACUCUCUGGGCACCGCUUUGAGCGCUCUGACAAUCACCAAAUUGAAGAAGGAACGGUUGAUGCCCAUGGGUCUGAUUUUGGAAGCUCCACUGACGUCGAUGGCUGAAGAGAUUCCGGUGCAUCCUUAUGGAAGGCUUUUCGCCUGGUUGCCGUGGUUUGAAAACACGAUAGUUUCACCGUUGGAGAGGAACGGAUUCUUUUUCAACACUAGCAACAGCAUCGUGGAUGUCGAUUGCCCAGUGAUGAUUUUGCACGCAGAAGAUGACAGCGUUAUACCGUACACUUUGGGAAAGAAGCUUUCAGAAUUAGCAAAGAAUGCUAGAAAACCAAACCAAGGGAACAUAACUUAUUACCAGUUUUCUCCAUUUUGGGAGCUGGACCAUUUCCGGAUAUUCCGGUAUCCUUUCCUACCGUUCCUAUUAGAGAAAUUCAUCAAGACCUGUAAUUUCUACAGCAAAGAGAGGCCUCCAAUUCGUAGAAAAUUAAAGAAAACGCAUUAAUCGCGACACGAAUAAUCUCAUGUUCAUUCCUUCUUCACCUCGUUUAUUUAUUUGUUUCCAGUUCGUUAUACGAUCGUAGAUGUAAAUAUAUUCUCUUUGUUGGGAAUAACGAAAACAUAUCAAUCGCAUUUUGAUGUCAGCUGGUCUGAUCGUUAUGAAAAAACACGCAACGCAUUCUAGUUUGUUAAUUGAAAUAGUAUAUCGAAAUUGCUUAAUGCAAUAAACAGAAAAGAGUUAA